AUGUAUAAUUACUUUGUCGCAGAAGUAGAAAAAUUCAAUAUGAGAAUUCUGAAUCCUCCUGAAUUGCGAAGGAUUGAUAAACUUUUUAUUGUAAAUAAAUGUUAAAAAGUUAGUAAAAAAUAUAAUAAAAUUGUUUUAAAUAUUUUUCAAAAAAAUUAAUUAGAAAUGAUUACUUUUUAUACUAAAAAUGAUUAUCCGAAAUGAAAAUAUUGGUUUGAAGGGCUAAUACGUUUAAGAGGAAGACUUUUCGUAGUAUUUCUGACGCCUCCUUAUUGGAUGUAUGUAAUUGAAAGCUUAUAUGAUGCAGGAAUGAGGACAGGUGAUUCAUUUUUUUUGUCUAAUGGAAGGGUUGCUUAUUCAAUUAUGUGGGAAACUAACCUAUUAGAACGAUUGAAGCUUAUAGAUUUGAUAUAUGGUUGAAUUGUUGUUUCACAAGCUGAAUGGUUUGGAGACUAUGGAGAAAUGAUAAAAGAUGGAUAUGUAAAAAAAUACGGAAAUGAAACAGAUUUCCGCUGUUUAGCAUUUGAUGCUGCAAUUCUACUUUUGAAUGGGAUAAAAUUUACCGUUCAGCAAGGCCAGGAUGUUAAAAAUUACCUAGUAAUGAAGAGCAACCUUACUCCCUCGCUAUCGAAUAAAACCAUUAGAAAAAUCCCUAUUUUUGUCCAAAAAUUGACCCUCCGUAAGCGAACAAAUUAUUUUUUAUAAAAAAAAUGAUAUAUAACUGAUAUUAUUAUAAUUAAAUCUCUAGCUAAUUCUGAUUAUUUUAAACAGUUUGCAUUUUAAAUCAUAAAGUUUACAAAUUAAAUUUAAUUUUACUUCUCAAUUUUUUCAGAUUGGAAUUUUUUUAAAUUUCAAAUAACAUAAAAUUUUAAAAAAAAAAUUAACCACCUCCGUGAGCUAACAAUGUUUUUUGUUCGCUCAAGGAGGGAUCAGUUAGAAAACAAAAAUUUUUAGGAUGCUUUGGGACUGUGUCAAUUGAACCUGGAACUAACCAGAGAAGCUUACCUACAAUAGGGAUUCAUUACUUAAAGUGGGAUGAAUAUUCCCGAAGAUUCUAUGAGGAGCUUGUAGGAAAAUAUGAUUAUAGUAGUGCCCAAUUAAUUACAUUUUAUAAAAGCGUUAUAUGGUAUGACAACACUACAAGUGUGCCUACUGAUAUGCUAACAUAUGAAAAUGGAUGCCCAUUUCCAGCUAAAAUAAUUUUUCGCUCUGAAAAAGGCGCUGGUGUAUUAUAUGGUAUUGCGGGCGUGCUAUUAUUAUUACAAUUUUAGCAGCUAAUUUUUAUAUGAGAAAAAUUUUGAAAAUAUAUAAAAAUUGAAAAAUUAAUUGAGCCAGUUUAUAUACAAUUUGAGGAUUAUAUUCUCAUGGCAAUUUAGGGUAUAGAUGCAUUGCAGUUUAUUUCUCAAGGCCCUGAUAUAAGCAAAAUGGAUAA